AUGGGUGAGUUUUGUCUGAACGAUUAUCCUGUGAUUGGUUUCGAUAUGGACAUGACCCUCGCCCGGUACCGUACUGUGGCGAUGGCGGAAGUGACCUUCGAAACAGUGGUAAAAUACCUGGUCCAAGAACGAAACUAUCCAUCUCAAUUGGCAGAACCGAUGAGUGAAGAAGACAAGCUCUUUCUUGGCAAGGGACUCGUUGUUAACUUCGAAGACAUGUCCAUCGAUAAAGUAGGCAAAGACGGAGAAGUGAAGAUUUCGUGGAAUCCGGAAACAGGCGAGUUCGAUAAAAGCGCGAAAAAAUGGACAGGCUACGAACAAUAUUUGCAGAACGGCGCGUCGAUCAGAGGAAAACAGCAUCACAUUGAAAAUGUCUUUGAACUGGGUCUUCCGCUGGUGAUAAAAAGAAUCGCGAAAUUAAAGCGGGAAAAGCUCAUCGAGUUCACUCCAGAAACGAUCAAAGAUGACAUCUUCAACUCGUUCGAGUACAGUUACGAACCAUACGCGUUUCAAGUCGAUCGUGGCUUCUUCUUCCCUCGGCUCAAGAACGAGCCUGAUUAUUUCAUCCGCCCAUGUUCCAAGGAAACCAAAAACUGGCUUCUUGAAAUGCGAAGAAAAAAGAAAUUCGUUUUCCUGAUGACCUCUUCCAAUGCCGAUUUUGCCAAAUAUAUCCUCUCUAAGAUCUUUGUGGACGAGAAGACUGGUGAGCCGGAGGACUACUGGAAGUAUUUCGACUUGUGCUUGGCAGAUGCGAGAAAACCUUAUUUCUUCACGAUGGAUUCGGAGUUCUACACUUUAAAGCAGGACUACGCGGAUAUUCCUGCUGCUAGACUGACGACAGAUCGAUGGUUUUCGCAAGGAAAUCACAAGGUGCUGAUGAAUUUCCUCAAAAGCCAGUUGAAUUGGCCAGAUCAUAAGCAACUCGAAGUAUGCUACUUUGGCGAUAGUUCCAAAUCUGAUGUGAUUUCUGCUCGAAAAGUGGCGCACUGGCACCCAGUCUAUCUCCUGGAAGAGCUCAACCUCAAAACUCAAGACGCCGUAGAGAGCGGCGAAAGUACAAUCUUAUCAAACGGACCUUGGGAAAGUGUUCCGCUAGAAGAUACACCCCUCUAUCAAGAAGCAUUCAAACACGCUGCUCUAGUGACUCCAAUGAUCGAGUCAAUUUCCUCUCUGCCACUUGAUCACAAGUUCAAUGAGAAAAUCUUCAUUUCAAGAAAAAUGGGAGACGUCGACUCGGGGCUAUCGCUAGCCUGCGCGUUGAUCGUCCUUCUAGUGUCCUCCGCCUCCCUUGUUGUCCUUAAUGUCAUACAGACCUUCACGCUUGGCAAGUUGUUCUCCAUCGUCGUUUGGGUGAAAUCGCUUGUUUGCGCACUUCCACUCGCGCUCUCAAUUUUUAUUCUCGUUCCUCUUCUCCGUGGCCGCUCAAAUCCCUGUCGAACUCGACUUGCAAUUUUGACAUUGUUUACUGCCCAUCCUCUACAAUUGCUCACAUUUUGUGUUGCGGGGAUGCUCCUUCACUAUCUUUUACCAAUUCUGAAUCCAGUAUUGGAAUUUGACAUCCAAGAAACACCAGUCAAGUUAUAUUUGAUCUUUUCUGGGCUCUUCUCCGGUAUCUACUUUUACUUCGAGUUGGUAAAAGAAGACCGAUCAAUGCUCAAAUUCUCCGCGCACAGAACCACUCGUCUGCAAAAAUUCAAAAUCUCUUUCGUCCCAACUUUGAAAGAAUCAGCAGAGGCGGCAUUCUACGCUUUUAAAGCCUUCUUCCCGAUGUGGACAAUUUUUUCCUACUUAUUUGGAAUCUCUCUUUGGCCACUUGUUGGAGUUCGAAUUCAUCUCAAGAUUGGACUGAUGUUUUUCCUCACGCAAAGCAUGCUCAGAGUUUGCCUCUCUCUCACUGAACUGAUUGCCACAAAUCCUCGAAUUUAUAAGAUCGACACAAGCAUCGAAGGAGAAGACUCUUUGAUCAGCCUCCUCUCUUCCAAGAACGAAAUCGACAAGCUCUCAGCUUACCAAGAUCUUGCAAUUCUGACGCGAUAUCGCGAUCCUCGUCGAAGCCAGCUCUUCCAACUUUCGAUUCCUGGUGGGAAGCCAAAAGUGUGGAGAGCUGUUUGGGGCGAAUGCUACAAAACAUUGGAUAAGUUCAACAAAAACAUUGAGAAUAUCAGCAUUCCAAAGCCAAAAAUACAGAAAACUCCUGUCCAAAAUAGAACUUUGAAGAAUGAUGUAUUUUCAACUCCCACUGUUGCUACUCCUCAACUCAACAGUCCUUCAAGAAGUUUCUUGUGGUCAAAGACUUCAGGCCAGACAAGUCCUGGCCGAUCCGCAACAAUGACAGUUACCCAACCAAGAUCCCAUUUCCUAAACGAAAAAGAGAAAAAGCCAGCACUCUCAGAGCGACUUGCUCUCUGGGCUGAUUCUCUCAAGGACAACAUGAAUCAGAAGAUCGUCGACUGCGCUAGAAACUGCGCAAAUGCUUUCUUUGAAAUUCGCCCGAUCAGUUACUGGCUUGAAGAGCGUCCUGACUUCAAGACAGUUUCAAUACUGACGGAUAUUAAUGCAGUUCGACUGGCGAUGAUCGCCGUUUCAAACACUCUAGCUUGCGCUCCAUCUGAAGAUCGCGCCGGCGUUACUCUUGAAUGUCUGCCCAAAGCACUGAAACUCUUCGCAAGAAUGGGGCAAAAUCUCGACAUGCUUGUGCGAAACAAUAAUCAACGAGUCGAACUGAGAAAAUUACGAAAUGAGUGCCGAACAGCACUUGGGAAAAUCCACACUGCUUACGGAUCGAAACUAGAUGAAUUAAACCUUGGAAAACGACUCUAA